AUGAUCCAUGCGCUUUCGCCCCAAACCCUUCUUCUCGGUACCGACUCUAGCGCUCUUCAUCUCUACGAUCUCCGCAUCCCAUACUCGAAGGUUUCCCCUCGCCCUGAGCAAUCGCACCACCCCCACGAUGACUACAUCUCCUCUCUGACCCCUCUACCCGCGUCGGAAACCAGCACAUCCGGUUUCAGCAAGCAAUGGGUUACCACCGGUGGAACCACCUUGGCCGUCACGGAUCUACGACGAGGUGUGUUGGUGCGCAGCGAAAAUCAAGAAGAAGAAAUGGUUAGCUCGGUUUACGUGGGUGGUCUGGCCUCCAGUGGAACCAGCAAGGGCGAGAAGGUGAUCGUUGGAGGAGCCAGUGGUAUCCUGACGCUCUGGGAGAAGGGCCAAUGGGACGACCAAGAUGAGCGUAUCUAUGUCGACCGCAGCGUUGAUGGCGGAGACCCCGUUGAGACGAUGUCAGUUGCGCCCGAUUACCUGGGCAAGGUGGUUGCUGCCGGUCUCGGUAAUGGAAAGGUGAAGUUUGUUCGCCUCGGGCCCAACAAGGUUGUCUCCGAGGUGGUACACGAUGAGGUUGAGGGAGUCGUGGGUUUGGGCUUUGAUGUUGAGGGUCGGAUGGUCUCUGGUGGAGGCCGAACCGUCAAGGUGUGGCAUGAGGCCGAGGACAACAUGGAGGGUGGCUCCGAUGACGAGGAUAUGAUGGACGACAGCGACGAUGACCGAGACUCCGAUGAUAGCGAGGCGCCCGAGGAACGGGAAGAUCCGAAAGAGCGCAAGAAGCGCAAGAAGGGCAAGAGCAAGGACCAGAGCGGAGGACAGCAUGUCAUGGCCUUCCACGACCUGGACUGA